AUGAAGACGACAGCAUCGUCCCUGGCUUCGGCCUUGCUGCUAAUCAGCGCAUCUCUUGCUUACGCAAAACUUGAUAUCCACAAUACUCACAUACAGACGAAUAUUGCUGGAAAACGCAUCGAUGACCUGGUUUCUGGAGUUGAUCGGUCUGGAAGCAAUGUUUUCGAGAAACGCGACAUCCCUGCUAUUGAACAGUCAAAUCCUCUGGAGAACGCACACAUUGUCGCCAGGUCUGCACAGAGCGGUCUGGACGCAGGUGCUCUAUUGAAUAGCAUUGCACCAAGUCAGAGUGUCGGUAACGGAGAUAUUACCACCAACGACGUUGGUGGAGAUAUUGCCAAUCAGAUUGCUGCUGGAAGUACGAAUAGCAUUGGCAACACUGGCAGUGGGCUAGGUGGACAGACGCAGGGUGGAUCGGCGAAUGAUACUAUGGUGCAGGCACAGAGUCAGAAUCCUGCGCAGGGGACUACUCAGGGAACUACUCCAGGAGCUGCCCAAGGUCUUGCCCAAGGAACUCCUCAAGGAACAACUCCUGGAACUGCACCAAUCAAUUCUCCAGGUCAAGGAAGCGACAUCAUCUCGAACGAUGUCGGAGCUGCCCUUGCGAGCCAACUGACACCAGGCGGCGAUUCGACCGAUGUCAACGUUCAGGAUGUUGGUGGAGCUAUUGCGAAUUCAAUCGCACUUGGCGGACAAAGUCAACCAACACCACUACCACAGGGCCAGCAAUCACCACAGGGUCAACAGCCACCGCAAGGACAAGCACCGCAACAGAAUCCUCCACCACCACCAUCGGGUCAGGCACCUCAGGCUAUGGCACCCCAACCUAUGGCGGCCCCGAUGGCGUCUCCAGAAGCAUCUCCAGCGACACUUCCUGAAAUGGGUUCAGCGCCUCAGGCCAUGGCACCCGCAGCAGCUAUGGAGGCAUCGCCAGCAGCAGCUCCUGAAAUGUCUCCAACAGCAUCACCUGCAGCGGCUCUAGAAGCGUCCCCAGCGGCGGCUCUGAACGCGUCUUCAGUAGCGUCACCUGCAGCAUCUCCGGAAAUGUCUCUAGCGCCAUCUCCAGAGGCAUCUCCCGCAGCAGCUCAAGAAGCAUCUCCAUCAUCAUCUGAGAUGUCACCAGUGGCAUCCCCUGAAGCACCUGCAAAAGCAGCUUCAGAAGCAUCUCCUGCCAUGUCCUCAGCAAUGUCGUCAGGAGGAUCUCCCUCUUCCAAGCCCGUCAUAACCGUAACACCCCCAGGAAAGUCAUCUCUGCCAGCAGUAACACCUAUCCCCUGGAGCAACCCACCUUCACAAAUGGGGGGAAUGAAAAGCAAUGCAAGCGCUGAAGGAUCAGUCACUCCAGCAGCGCUAUCCGCUGAGAGCACCAGCACAAUGACUGCUGGAACAGAAAUGGCUUCGCCAGGCUCAAUGGCCAGCAACGGAACCGCUGCAGCUGUAACAGUAAUUGCCGAGGGUGGCUCGCCAGCUGCCGCAGAAGCGGUUUCCAGUUCCAUGUCCACUAGCAUGGCAUCAGUCGACACCGCAACCCUGACACCGGGUGGCCUUGCUGCUGCAACCACCACAACAGCAGCAGGUAGCCCUGUUGCAGUCAUCGCCCAAGGUAAUGUCACCGCCAGCUCCAGCGGCGCCUCGAUGACUAUGGCAUCUGAGGGUGGUUCCGGGGCAAGCAGCCCUAUGAUGAGCAUGGCGUCUGGCAGCAGUGCUGCACCAGCGGCGGCCGCAGUUACAGUUGUUGCAGGGUCAGGAAACUCGUCUGAGCUAGCAGGCAUGAUGAGUGGCGGGGCUUCUGGAUCGUCCAUGUCUUCUAUGAGUGGAGCCUCGGCUACAGCUGAUGCUGCUUCGGGAGGUGUAGCCGGCCCAGUCACUGUUAUCGCAGGCAAUGGAACAUCGCCGACUGCUGCUGCUGAGGCUGCCAGUGGAUCAACCUCCAUGGCCUCUGGUAUGAGCUCGGAAUCUAUGGGCUCGAGUGGUGGUUCCUCAAACGGAACGUCGGUCGGACCUGCAGUCACUGUUAUAGCAGGUGGUGGCGAGGCAGCUGCAGCCGCUGCGACGCGAGCAGCGGAAAACGGAGGCUGCAAUUGCUCUUGUCUAUGUCCUGCUGGUUCCUUCUCUAUGGCACCGCCACCGGCCCCAGCGUUCCAGUUGGGCUCUUCGAGCACAAUGCAGACCAUGGUUGCCAGUCCCAUCACUGUUGAAGCAGGAAGCAGUACAGCAGGUGCAAGUUCAGGUUCCAGCUCCAGCUCCAGCUCCAGCUCCAGUUCGGCCUCGAGCGAAUCCAGCAUCACAUCCAUGUCCAGUGAAUCCUCCUCCGCAACCUCAUCCCCAAUAUCCACAACUUCUUCCUCCGCCGCAUCGUCAACGUCUGCCGAAGCAGCUAGCUCGAGCUCUGCAGCUACACCUGCAGCAACUACCUCGUCCUCUUCAUCAUCAGCAGCGACCAGCAUCUCCGCUCAAAGCCAAAUCGCAGCCGAUGCACCGCCCGUGCCUACACCUAUUGGCGGUACGGAAACGCCCACUGGCGGACUCCCGUUUAACAUCAACACUGUUGAUUUGCAGAGUCGUGUUACGGUGAAUUUGGGAAGGAGGCUGGCGAAGCCGACCGAGGCGGCUAGGGGGUGGUGGUGA